AUGACAUUUGUUUCUGCAUCUUUAGCUGAAAAAAUAAGAAAUCUGUGUUUUGAUCAUUAUAAGAAUCGGUUGUCAGGCAAUGGCAAACCUAAAACUGGAUCAGAAUGGACAGUUAUGUCGGCUAUUGUCAUGCAGCUUCACAAUAGUAAAAGAUGUUGCAUUUUUUUAUAUGAUGAACUUGAAUAUGCUUUAAAAGAUAAAGAGAGCAUAUUUCAAUGCAUUGGAGAGAAGUUCAGACUUUGUGAGGAUGUUGAAUUUCAUUUCUUUACAACAUCCAUGCCAUGUGGAGAUGCUUCUAUAAUUCCUAAAAGUAAAUUGUCGUGCUCUUAUGAGAUUAUUAACAAUGAAAAUAUUGGUGAGGUAGUGGUGGACAAUCCAUCUAAAAAACGAUCUUUAGAUGAUUCUACAGAGGGUGCUGCAAACAAAAAGUUUAAGAUUGGUGAUAUGCCUAGUGGUGAUAUUUACAGAACUGGAGCAAAAUGUAUGAAGGGUGAGGACAAACAUUUGCCGGGUAAGGAUUAUCAUGUUGUUGGUGUUUUGAGAACAAAGCCUGGGAGAGGUGAUAAGACCAAAUCACUUUCCUGCAGUGAUAAAUUAUGUAAAUGGAAUGUUCUAGGAAUUCAGGGAGCUUUGUUGAUGCACUUUUUAGCCGAACCCAUUCAUAUAAAAUCUUAUAUCAUAAACAGUUCCAUAUUUGAUGAAACUGCAUUGUUGAGAUCUUUAAGUAUGAGAUUAGAAGACAAACCAGUUUUACCUGAAGCUUAUUCUAUGUGCAAAUUUUUAAUAUUUAAUAUUCAUGAUGAUAAGUUUGAACAUUCAAGAAGUCAUUCAAGUAACUCAUCUCCCUGUCCAACCACAAUCUGUUGGUAUUACAAUAAUGACAAACAAUUCAAACAAGAUGUUUUGACAAGAGGAUGUUUACUUGGUCUGACAAAGAAAGAUAAAAGUUCUAAAAAAUGCAGUUUUGUUGCCAAGUUAUCCCUCUUUAAGAAAUUUCAACAAUUAAAGCAGCUACAUUCUAAAAGGUUUCAUGAUUCAAAACUAAGCACAUUAAAGUUAGAAACUUACUCAGAAUUUAAACAGGCAUCGAAUGAUUAUCAGUUAGCUUGGAAGAUUUUAAAAUCUUUUAACGUUUUCAGAAAUUGGCCAGAUACUUAUUCAAACUUUCAUAAUUUUGUUGUUUAG